GAAAAGGCUUAAAUAGACUAAUUAGUCUUAAUAGAUUAAUUAAAGGCUCCUAUUAUCUAGCUUAUAAGAAGCUAAAGCUAGUAAAAUACUAUAUAAAUAUAUUAAAUAAUUAA